AUUUUAUUUUAUAUUUCAUUUCACUUUAUUUUUAUUUUUCAUAAAAUCACAAACACAUUUUUUUUCUCCCGUAUGUCACAUAACAUAUGAUCCAACCGUACAAGAACACACCAAAAUUGAAAAGUGGAAAAACACUGUUUUUAUACGCUUAACAAAGGAAAAGGCAUUUUCCCCACAUUUUGCAUUUCGCAAUUUGCUAACCUUCACUUUUUCCCAAAAGGCCUUUUGGCGUCACAGCUGCACUGAAGUGAAAAUUCCGAGCCAUACUCAGGAACCGCUUUCCCCCAGGAGUAAAAGCCAAGGAAAAAUGAAGAAGGGCAAGUCGAAAACCAAAAAAAAGCUUCCCAAGGGCCAGGAGAGAUACAUACCGACGCAGGAAGAAGUGGAAAAAAGAAAUGCAGAAAUUACGAGGAAGCAACAGAAGGAGGAACCCGAGAAGACCUCAGAAAUGGGGUCCUUGGGCGGUGGCUCAAUGUGCGUGACGGACUCUCAAGUACAUAGCUCAGAAAAUGAAAAGAAGACUCCUAAGAAGAAAGUCAGAAUAGUGGUAGACGAAAAGGUAAAGGAAAAGGAAGCCAAAAAGGAGAAAGAGGAAAAAAAACCAAAGAAGGAGAAAGAGGAACCCCCCAAGUAGGGUUUUCUUGGAGGGGAUAUCCCCCAAAUGAAGUCCCCAUCCUUGUUUAGGGGCUCUGUAUUUUUAUUGGAUCCUCCCCCUAAUUACGUGGAGUUGAUCACCUUCUUCGAAAUUGUUUCUCCCUCUUUUUACCUCAUUGUUUACCCAAUGCUUAUCAACCAGCGCCCCUUAGGGGGGGCGCAAUUGUACAUUAGCUAUUUUUGAUUAGCAAAUUUUUUUCGCAUUAUUUUUUUCCUUCACAUCUGUACAUUAUGAAAAAAAAAGAAAAUACAAAGCGAGAGAGAAGCUACAGAGAAGUGUUAGCUCUUCCGUCAUAAAUUUUCUGUAGUGUAUAAUUAGGGUUCACCACAGCUGCGCAAAUAUGUAUUUGUCGCAGAGGAAGUUACGUCCGUUUAAGCCAUUUUUUGAGACAUGGUGUGAUUUCACGUCGUGCCGUGUCUUUUUGUUUUCCGUUUUUCUAUCAUCAUUGCAAUGCAUAUUUAUACGCAUGUCAUUGUUACAUUGUGAGAGGAGUCUUCCUGAUAUGUGUUUGCAUCAAACCAAACCGAUAGAAAAACCGAAAAUAAAU